UGGGGUGUCUCCCUGCGUCCCUCCCUCCCUCCCCUCUGUCCGUGAAAGCCUUCUUUAUUUGGUGCUGACGCGCCGCGGAGAGACGCACCGGGAGCGCACGGACACAAAAAUGACCGUGGAGAGGAUAUUCGACGAGCUGGGACAUUUCAAAAGAUUUCAGGCCUGUCUGUACUUUGCAGCAGUCUUCCAGGCCGUAGCAUGUGGGAUCCACUACCUGGCCUCGGUUUUCCUGGUGGAGACUCCAAACUUUGUGAGCAGCGUGCCUGGCAACAUCACCGACGUCCUGUACGGUAACGUGACGGCGUCCAGUCUGGAGGAUGUCCUGCCGGUUUUUAAAGCGGGGAAGGGACCUUUGGUGAUCCGGACAGCUGAAGGAGAGCAGUGGGAGCUGAGCCGGUGCCACUGCUCCCUGCGCAUCGACCCCGGGGACUUUACCUAUGACUUUUAUGGCAACAAAACGGUGAAAGCGUGUGGCGGUAACUUUGUGUACGACCACACUGAGGUCUACCAAAGCAUCGUGACUGACUGGGACUUGGUGUGCGAGAAAGAGUGGCUGGCCAAGCUGUGCCAGCCCACCUUCAUGGUGGGGGUGCUGAUCGGAGCGCUGGUGUUCGGGGACAUCGCUGACAGAGUUGGUCGUGUGAAGAUCCUGAUGUUCACCAGCCUCUGCCAGUUUGGGCUCGGAGUGGCCGUCGCGUUCACUGGAAACUACUAUUUUUUUGUGGUGCUCCGCUUUCUCCUCGCUAUGGUGUCCAGUGGCUACCUGGUGGUGGUGUUCGUCUAUGUGACGGAGUUCACCGGCAUCAAGGUGCGAACGUGGACUUCUAUGCACGUGCACGCGGCCUUUGCGGUUGGCAUCAUGGUGGUGGCUCUGACCGGCUACCUGGUGCGGGUUUGGUGGAUCUACCAGAUCGUCCUCUCCACCUGCACCUCGCCCUUCCUGUUCUUCUGCUGGAAGUUCCCCGAGACGCCGUUCUACCUGAUGGCCAAGAGCCGCUACAAGGACGCUCAGACGCUGCUGGAUAAGAUAGCCCGCUUCAACGGCCUCGAAUGCAGGCUGAGGGCGGAGGAUCUGCUGGAGUCGGAGAAUGGCAGAGCUCUGGUGGAGCAGGAGGCGGCUGAGGAGAAGCCGUCGCAGUCUGAGAAGAAGCUGUCCAUCCUGGACCUGUUUGGGAGCUGGAGGAUGACGGGGCGAACGUGCACGGUGUGGGCCAUUUGGUUCAUCGGCAGCUUGGGCUACUACGUCUUCUCUUUGGGCUCAGUUAACCUGGGAGGAAACCAGUACAUUAACCUCUUCCUUGCUGGUGCAGUGGAGCUCCCCUCCUAUCUGAUUGGCUGUUUUGCAAUGGACCGGAUUGGGAGGAAGAAGACGUGCGCUCCUGCUCUGCUCCUGGCCGGCGUCACCUGCAUGCUCAUCAUUGUGGUUCCAGCGAAAAUAGAGGCCCUGGCUAUCGCUCUCUGCAUGAUCGGAAAGUUUUCCAUUGCCAUUGCCUUCGGUCUCAUCUACCUGUACACCUGUGAGCUUUACCCAACCACCAUCAGGUCUCUGGCAGUAGGAAGUGGCAGCAUGAUGUGUCGUGUUGGCAGCGUGGUCGCUCCCUUCUGUGUUUACCUGGCUGAUGUCUGGAUCUACCUCCCUCAGCUGAUCGUUGGAAUCCUGGCAUUUAUUAUCGGAGUGCUGACGAUGCUGCUGCCGGAGACUCUGGGCAAACCUCUAACAACCACCUUGGAAGAGGCUGAAUCUCUGGGACGGGAGCUCAGCAAGAAGAAGUCGGCCCUGGGCAGUAAAGAGGACGAGGAGGGGCUGGAGCUGAACCAACAUGAAACCAAAGCCUGAGCUGUACAGAAAAACUAAAGAGAAGUUUUGGAAAAAAAACCCAGAAUGAACGAAGGGAGGACAGACAGGAAGUGAUGGCUGCCAAAUUGAUUUUUUUUUGGAUUAUUGGGGGAAAAAAAAUCUUUUAUUACAACUCUUGAAAUGACUUUUUUUGUCGUUGUUGACAUUUUGUUCUGCAAAGUGACCAACAGUUCGGAACGUCAAAGGUCCUGAGAAGCACAAACUCCUCUCCAUCAGUCACAGCAGUUCAUGAAUUCAACAAUCGAGCAUUUUGUGUGUGGAAUUUGUGUGUGUUCAAAACUUGUUCGUCCAAGACCAAGUGGGAAAAAAUAAGGGAUGAGUUCAUAUUUUGUCAUAUUUUUGUAGGUUUGACCAUCAUUUCUUGUUGGUAUAUUAGCAUUGCACUCACCGAAGAAUUACAGAGGAACAAAGCAACAUUUCUGCAAUCAAUCAGACAAUCAGACAGCUGAGCUACAUUAUCUCAAUCAGGUGUUUUUUUGCUGUGUUCCUCUGCAAUGAACCGACUACAGUCUUAAUAUUCCUGAUAGAACUGAUGGUCAUAACUGCAAAAUUAUAACAGAAUUAUAAGUUGUACUGAACAACCUGUAAAACAAAGAAAUCAUCGUUAUCUCUCAGCUUCCUUUCCAAACCAGUAAGUGCAGAUCACAGCUGUGCCUCAGAUAUUCUACAUUAAGUUACAUCUCAUUUAUUAUAUUGACACUAAGAAUAGAAUUUACUAUUCUGAUGUCAAAGAAGUGCCUUUUUUAAAAAUUUAAAGUCACCUUCUUGAACUUCCUGUUUAAUCUCAGGGCAUCGAUAUCACUGUGAAACUCUCAUUUUACGACUUAUUUAAAUUUUACCCUCAUUUUUGCCAUUAUCCUUAAUUCCAUCUUGUUGAAGAUGCCUCUGCUGAGCUUUAACUUUGUUCUCUGACGAGUGUGUGUGUGUGUGUGUGUGUGUGUGUGUGUGUGUGUGUGUGUGUGUGUGUGUGUGUGUGUGUGUGUGUGUGUGUGUGUGUGUGUGUGUGUUAGUGAAUAAGCUUUGUAAGUCAGUGUUUUAGUUUUCACAUCCUUAUAUUGUGAAUACAACCUUGAUGCUGGACGUGCUGAAGAGAAUCAGGUGAUGCUGUUUUAUUGUGUUUCAGAGUCGAGGCGUGAUCUCCAGAUGUUUGGACCAAAUGCAGGAAUGAACCACAAUAGUGGAGAAAUGUAAAUACCUGCUUCGCAUUACUGUAGUGUCCUAGUAGCAGGUUAUUAUUUCAUAUCAAACCGUUGUGUGGUGCUUUAUUCUGAAGGAGAAAAAUCAAAAAAUCAGUCAAAGCAGCUGGAAAUCUAAACCUGAUGACUUUAGAUCAGCAGGGGAUGGAAGCACAGUCGCUUCUACAAUCAACAGUAUGGAUUGUUUUUCUAUGUCUAGUUUCUUUGUCAGUAUUAUUUUUAUUUCAUUAUGGAACAAUAAAUCAGAUGGCUGACACUGAGGUUGUUGGCCUCUUCAUUAUUACAGCA